GCUAUGGGGGGGUUCCGAGUCUGGCUGCUUUGCUAGCGAGGGCUGCAGAAUCCUGGGUCAGACAUGCCGCUCACAAUGCGAGCUGAGUGGUGAAGUUUCUGUCUCCAGUCCUCUUGCUGCCGUGCCUGUGUGCUCCUGAACGCUCUGGCUGCAAUCCGGCGUUUAGAUUCCUUCAUGCAGUUUUUUAUCUUUCCCUCCUCACUCUCCUUUUUUUCCCUCGUAAGGGCAAGUUAGCAGCAGUUUGCUGUCAUGCUGGAACUAUUCCUGUCUAAGUUGUCCUCUCUUCUGAGUUCGGAUCAUCCUCAACACCCCCAGAAUCUUUUCAAUGAACGAGCGUCCUCCCCUGAAUCCAAAAUGGGCUCUCUCUUUCCUCCCUGUCUUCUGCCAUUAUCCUCACGCACCAGCUCUUCCUCUAGCUAGUGGUAUUGCCAGCACCGUGGCCUAAGGCCAAGGGAGUUAGACAAAGCAGUCCUUGCAGUUGCACAUAUCGCAUUCAGAGUGAUAUGACUGCAAAUGGCCCCCUCCUUUCUGGAGCUUAAUUCUGACUUGAAGGAGACUGCUUCUCUAUUGUGCUUAAAUUAAAUGCCCCCCAGAUAGGAGGAUAAAUCCUAGGUUUGCUUCCAAACCUGGGGUGAAGGACCACCCCUCCCGCCCCAUCCUGCAGAGGAGAGGAAAACAGGAAAUCUGUCCCUUUUGGCCUGAAAUCAGCCCUGCAGAAGCCUCUCUGUAUGAAUGCUGAAUAUUUUGGUCUCGGCCGACGGAGGGCUCUGGCCAGCUGUGGAUCUCACAGGGAUUUUCCUCUGGGAGCUGGGAGUGUUCACUCUCCUUCCACGAGUAUGGCAACAUCUGCGCAAUAUCGACAGCUUAUAAAUGACUAUGGACCCCCUUCUCUAGGCUAUACACAAGGGAUGCAGGGUACCAGCAGCAGCCAAGUACCGCAGAGCAAAUAUGCAGAACUUCUAGCUAUCAUAGAAGAACUAGGAAAAGAGAUUAGACCCACAUAUGCUGGGAGUAAAAGUGCGAUGGAGAGGCUAAAAAGAGGCAUUAUCCAUGCUAGAGGCUUAGUUCGUGAAUGCUUGGCUGAGACGGAACGCAAUGCGAGAUCCUAGCCCGCUCAUUCAGUUGCAAGAUUUUCCAUCUCUUAAUGAAGAAAAA